AUGGUAAGUGUAACGUAUUUAAAUUUGUAGAAUAGGUAAUUAAUGCCAUUGGAAAGACGUAUUAGACUUUGGUAAUUAUUAAUUAGUACUGUCUUUAUAUUAUCAGAUUAUGAAACACUAAUAGAUUUGUGGCAGAGUCAGAGAACGAUAGUGUUUAUACGACAACGUUUGUAACAUUGCUUAAGCUUAGACUUAUCGUUAGGCGUUCUCUUAUGCUUGCUUUUGAGAGUUGUUACCUUAAUAAUGAUGCUUUAUUACAGCAGAGUCCUUUUAUAUACAUAUAAAAUACAGCAGGUAAAAAGCGCUCUAUUACGUAAACACUCGCAGUAAUUAGUAAUCAUAUGCUUAGGCUUAGGUUUAUGCUUAGGCUAAGGCUUAGGCUUAGAGUUAGGCUUAGGCUUAGGCUGAGGCUGAGGCUUAGGCUUAGGCUUAGGCUUAGGCUUACGCUUAGGCUUAGGUUUAUGCUUAGGCUAAGGCUUAGGCUUAGGCUUAGACUUAGGCUUAGGCUUAGGCUUAGGCUGAGGCUGAGGCUUAGGCUUAGGCUUAGGCUUACGCUUACGCUUAGGCUUAGGCUUAGGCUUAGGCUUAGGCUUAGGCUUAGGCUUAGGCUUAGGCUUAGGCUUAAACUUAGGCUUAGGCUUAGUCUUAGGCUUAGGCUUUAACAAAGUAAAUUUUAGAAUGACUAGAAAAUGAGAAAGUAUAGCUUUAUAUACCCUUAAAUUAUGGCACACAAAAAGCAGUUCAGUACAGAAAAAACAAUGAUAAAUAAUGUUUUUGUAACAUUGCACAAUCUUACUUAACUAUUUCUAUGUAAAAAUAUAAGAAUUUUAGUGUUGUACAGCUAUCUCUUUUUUUAUACUGCCUUUGACUCGAAGGUGUAUAGAAGUUUUAUUACUAGUGUCAGAAAACGUUACAGAACGUUUUAACGUCAAUGUUAUUUGUUGUGGUAUUAGUUUUAUUAGUGUUACAUCUGGUCAAAGUGCGACAAUAUGUAUGCUUAUGUUGGCGUUGGAGCAACAUCUAGCCGCUUAUUGGGUCAAAGACUAUGAAGAACGGACGAUGAGAGUUGGUGUUAUAUUAAUUGGUUUUACUGUGAGUUCUUUAAGACAUAUAAAAGGUAUUAUACCCGCAAUAAGUUUAUGUUGCUAUCAUUUUUUCAUUUGUUUAAGAACUUUAAUAUCAAAUAAAAAAUUAAAAAAAAAUUUUUUUUUAAUUUUAGGUAAUUUAUUCAGUGUCAAUUAGUUUGUUAUUAAACUACGCGUAUUUUAAAAAUUUUGAUUAUGAGCAUGCGACUUAUAACUGCCAUCCAGUUCAAUAUCACUGGGAAGUUGCCAUCUUGUUUUAUGCUAGCAGCUUUAUUACUUGCUUAAUAGCCACAUCAGUAAGUUGUUAAUCUUUAGAUAAUAGUUUUAUUUAUACAGUAUUCUCUCUAUAUAAGCAACUCGAAGGGACCGACAUUUUUUGUUUACUAUAAGUGGUGUUGUCUUUACAGAGAGACUUUUUAGUGCAAAUUGAUUUGGCGGGGCCAAAUUUCUUGUUUACUAUAAGAAGAGUUGCUUAUAAAGGUGGUUCGCUAUAUAUAGGCCACUGUAAUUAAAAUUUAAUAACUUUUUUAAAUAAAAAAAUUUUUAAAGCUAUAAUUUUAGUGGCUAUGGCUAAUACAACGAUACAACAAAGAGCAACGUAAAAGUCGUUUCAUUACUUUGCAUAUCCGGUACCAACAAAAUGAAAAUGUAAAUUCGGCUAUGUCAAUUACUGCAACCUUAGUUGGCUACAUGUUAUACAGUUUUUUAGGAACGACAGGGUCAUUUCUAAGAAAAGGGCUUGUAGAUUACUUUGGUGAACAUAGCAAGCCUAAUGAGGCUAUUGUUUCCGUAAGUAUAAGUUUUUUAAUUUGCUUUUUAUUUUAAAACUUGCAAAUUAUACAGUGGCCUUUCUAUAUAGUGUAUUAGGGUAAAAUACUUUUGGAGUUGAGUUACCUAUACACCCCUUAGGGUAUUACUGUCAGUCCCUACUAAUACUAUAAAGAUAGUAUACCUAGCCUACGCCCUGUCCGGGUAGUUUGGACUUGCUGACCUAUCUCCCUAGUCUAUCAGUUAGGUACGAUAAUAAGGUUCCUUCUUACUGAUGGUAUAUGAUAUUUAUUUAUACCUUAAUUACAAUCUCUAAUUACGACAUAUUAGGAAGACUAAUAUACGGACAAUCUACAGUACCCUUUCGAUAGAACCCUCAAAAGUCCCCAACUGUUCUUCCCGUUCCCCAAAACCCUUCUGCCGUUCUCUCGAAGGCCGAAGGCUUUUUCGGGCGUUCACAGCCGGCUGUUUUAAGAGUUCUGUUUACAAUCUUUCAAUUCAAGACAUAAAUGAUAAUUUGGUCAAUCGUGACCAUAACAAGUGAACCAUCUGUAAAAGCAACUCUCCUUAUAGUGAACAAGAAAUUUGGUCCCGCCAAGCCAAUUUGCACUAAAAAGUCUCUCUGUAAAGACAAUAGCCCUUACAGUAAACACAAAAUGUCGGUUUUUUUAGGUUGCUUAUAGAAAGACUACUGUACUAUAAUAUUUUCACUUAUAUCUCAAUUCCAGUUAGGCUACUUACUUGUUGAAGCAUAUGCCCUGUUCCAUAUGGCAUGUUUUAUGUACUACAAUAAUGCCAUGCGCAAAAUCGUACAGCAAGACCUCGAGUUCAUUCUUGGAAAACGUGUAAAUUAUCUUUGUACACCUUCGUCUAAAAUUGCAUGUAAAAUGAGUUCAAACGAAGAAACUGCUGAAUAUUUUCGACAGUUUGGUCAGGCAUGGAAUUAA